AUGUCUUUUCCAGGAGGAAUAGGAGGGGUUGGCGCAUUGCCAGCCGCCAUGAACCCUAAUGCUGGCAUGAGCGAGCAGGAGCAGCAGAUGGUGAAAGCCAUGCAAAUGGGCAUGGAGUCUUGCAUUGGCAAGACGGUAAUGGCAGGCGUCAUGGGUGGUGGUUUGGGUGCUAUGUUUGGACUCUUUAUGGCCUCGAUGCGAUACGAUACCCCAAUGUCACAACCCCUCGCUGUCAAUACACCGGCUUCUAAGCCUGCCACCGCAGUCUCCGGCACAACACCAACAGCAGGCGUCAAGCCAUCAACCAUAGCUACAAGCAACGUCAACUCCGCUUCCGCAGCUACCCUCACCACAGCGCCCUCUGCGUCCGCCACCGCUACCCUCCCAAAUCCAACCGUUACCGGAGUCGUCGAUGUCAAAGACCUUCCACUCCGCCAGCAACUACGAGCUGGUCUGCGCGACAUGUAUCGAUCCUCUAUUUCCAGUGGACGCAACUUCGCUAAAGUGGGCGCCAUAUUUUCAGGCACUGAAUGCGCCAUCGAGGGCCUACGAGCCAAGAACGACUUGUACAACGGAGUGGCUGGGGGCUGUUUGACAGGUGGAAUACUAGCCAGAAAUGCCGGGCCACAGGCUGUGGCUGUGGGAUGUGCAGGUUUCGCAGUCUUUAGUGCGGCGAUUGAUGCGUACAUGCGUAUGCCAGAAGACGAGAGGAGCAAACCUAUCGCUUAA